AUGCUGGCAAGUUUGAGGUUGAGUGAAUGGGGCCAGUGGACCCGCUGCAGCGCGACUUGCGGUGGUGGGGUCCGUGCCAGCUUGCGUCGCGUCGAAAAGGAAGCCGACUAUGGCGGGCUGCCCUGUGUGGCUUCCUUGAGGAAGACUGAGACUUGCAACAUGCAGCCUUGCGAGCGCAGCCAAGACUGCGUGGUCUCUGAGUGGGGUCGGUGGCAUGGCUGUGAGGUGGAAGGUGCCAGACAGAUGACGAGACAGAGACGCAUCGAGACCUAUGCCGAGGGCGAUGGAGAUCCUUGCGAUUCGCCCCUCACGGAAACUGCUGGCUGUGACGACCGGGACACCCUCCAGUGGUGUUCAACCACAGAGUGGAGCCAGUGGACUGCGUGCCCGGUUGCCUGUGGUGGCGGCCAGCAGCAGCGAUCGCGACACCUCAGCGGCGAGUCGUCGUGCAUUCCGAUGGCCAAGCAGGACCUCAAGGAAGUGCGGGGGUGCAACGUCGAGUCUUGCGAGGAGAAUGAGGGCUGCAUCUUGUCGCCUUGGACGCAUUGGGGUCAAUGCUCUCAAGACUGCGGCACUGGAGUGUCGACAAGAAGCCGAUCCAUUGAUCAGAGUGCUGGCGAUGGAGGCAAGAGCUGUCACGCCUCGCUCAAGGAGAUGCAGGAGUGCGUCUUGGAGCCCUGCCCUGUGCGUGACUGUGUCUGGCACGCUUGGGAUUCCUGGAGCGGCUGCUCCUGCACCUGUGGAGGGGGUCUGAAGCGCAGAGCUCGCACCAUCAAGGUGGCCCCACGAGCUGGCGGAACGCCUUGCGAUCCAUCAGACAAGACGCAGGUUGCUCCUUGCAACACACACUCCUGCGAAGAUUGCGUUGAUGGCCGGUGGACGUUUUGGAGUUUGUGGUCCGAGUGCACAGCCUCUUGUGCACCUGGCUACAGAUGGAGGCAUCGAAGCAUUGCGAGACGGAAUAACGAUUGUGGACAGCCUAUGACUGGCUUGGAGGAAGACUAUCAGAUGUGUGAAGAUCUGCCCAUCUGCGUUCAGGAUGAAGACUGCAAGGUGUCUGAUUGGACAUCGUGGAAUGACUGCAGCUGUUCUUGUUACGGCGUGACGGAGCGACAUCGACGUGUACUCCAGCUUGGCAUAGGGGCAGGAAAGAAGUGCGAGGGGAAGAGCCUGAAAGAGAUUGCACCGUGCAACCCCUCAGAAGACGAGGCCCACCCUGCGGGCUGCCACAGUCAGGGUCCCGAGAAUUGCACGCUCAGCCACUGGGAGGAUUGGGGUGUCUGCUCCAAGCCGUGUGGUGUUGGUCAGAGGACCCGCAUGCGUCAAAUUCUCCGGCCGCUGAACCACAAUGGCGCUCCAUGCGAAGGCGCUUUGGCUCAGGUGGUGCCUUGCAACACACACCACUGCCCGGAGAACAACUGCAUCGACUGUCAGUGGGGCGCAUGGUCUGAAUGGGGCGACUGUUCAGAGUGCGGUGGGCAGAAGUACCGCCAGCGCACCAUCGAGCACCUCCAGAACGACUGCGGCCACAAGUGCGACCCGGGGGUUGCCAAGGAGACCAUGAACUGCACCGGGACCUGCGACUCCGAGUACUACUGCCGCUGGGCGGAUUGGUCAGACCUUGGAGAUUGUACGGCCACCUGUGGAACUGCCGUGAAAAUCCUGCAGAGACGGCUGGAAAUCACUGACCAGGCACCGCUCAGUGAUCAGGACUACAACAGCAGUGCUGGUGGACUCUACCUUUUCGCCGGAAGCCGGAGCAUGGUCUGCUCUGGUGAGCAGACGGAGACAGUGGAGUGUGACACACCCAGCUGCGAUGAGGACUGCUACCCCAAAAACUGCAGAUUCGGCGUUUGGGGCGAGUGGUCGGAGCCGUCUUGCACGCAGCUGUGUAACCGUCACCGCGUCAUUGCUCGACGCAGCAGUUGCGGCGGAAAGCCAUGUGGUGGUGCUCAGACGGAGACGAAGUUCUGCCCCCGAGCUCCUUGUGUGGAGGUAGUUGAUUGCACCAUCUCGGAUUGGGACGAUUGGAGUUUCUGCAUGAAGGAAACCGGAUAUCAGCGGCUACGGCAGCGGACUAUCCUCGCUCAAGCUCAGAAUGGAGGUAAAGCUUGUGGCACCAGCUAUCCAGCACCUCCGCUGUCCUUGGAGGAGAUUGAGCCUUGUGAAGACUACUUGGCGCUGUCUGCAAAGAAUGACUGCAAGUUUAGCACCUGGCGCGAGUGGACAGAGUGCACCGCGAUUUGCAACGGUGGGCUGAAGCACAGGAGCCGUGGGAUCCAAGUUCCACCUGCAGGAGGCGGCACACCUUGUGAGGGCAGCCUGGAAGAGCUGAUCCCCUGCAAUCGGGAGCCCUGUACAGAGAGCACGGCGAGGGACUGCGAGCUCUCACCCUGGAGUGAGUGGAGCCAUUGCGACUCCCAUGACCAGCGGGAGCGAUACCGCAUAAUCGCAGAAGAGCCCUCCAAGGACGGAAAGCCAUGCAACGGCACCUUGAAGGAGAUCAAGCCCUGCACGGUUGCGGUGGACUGCAUCCUCAGCCCCUGGACUGAGUGGGAUAGUUGCGACAAGUCCUGCGACGGAGGUCAGAAGCAGCGACAGCGCCAGGUUGAAGUGAAUCCAAAGCACAGGGGCAAGCCAUGUGACCCUGGCUUGAUCGAAACAGCUGGGUGCAACCAUGAGCCAUGCUCAAAUGAAGAGGUCAACUGCAAAGUCAGUAUCUGGACAGUGUGGUCGCCAUGCAGCGCCACUUGUGGGCCUGGCUAUCAGGAGAGAUCUCGGAGAGUCACUCACAGGCUCAGCCACUGCGGCACGGGCUGCGUCGGCAACCUUACCGAGGUCAAGCCUUGCCACCUCGACCAUUGUGGAAACUGCGACCCCUGUGUCUGGGGAGAAUGGAAGCAGUGGAGUGAGUGCACGCGGCAUUGCGGCGGGGGUCAACGCCAUCGAUUACGCAACAUUUCAUCGUGGCCGUCUCCUGGAUGCGAGCCGUGCAAGCCGCUGGACAAGGCUUGGGUGGAGCCUUGCAAUACCGAGCCAUGCCCCGAAGGUGAGAUUUGCGUGGAUGGACUCUGGGCGGACUGGAGGGACUGGGAGGCGUGCUCUACCUCCUGUGAGGGUGGCGUGCGUGCAAGAGGUCGCCACAUGCUGCGGAAGGCCACGGAAUGUGGGAGGAUGCCAGACGGCGACUCCCACGAAGAGGAACCUUGCAACAAGGGCAUCCCCUGCAAGGAUACGCAGGAUUGCAUUCUCUCCGAGUGGACGAUGUGGUCCGACUGCAGUGCCUCAUGCCAUGGAAUCAAGAAACGGAGCCGUACGGUCCUGCAGCAUGGUUAUGGAUCGGGACAAUACUGUCGCGGCGCCAUGGAGGAGGCCUAUCCCUGCGCGUAUGGCAUCUCCAGAAGCUUGGUGAACUGGGACAGCCCGCACCUCUACCUCAACCUUGCGGGUGUCUCGGCAAACAACCUUGACGGCAAAGGCCCCGACUUCCAGGCCGAGAGGGAACUUCGCUUCAAGGGCGCUGCAGCAGACAACUCGCAGACCGUGGACCUGAGAGUCACUGUCGAUGAGGAAGGCAACUACAACGCGGGGCAGGGCGUGAAGUUCAACGGCCUGCAAGGGAGCUUCGGAAAUAUUUUCGUCGAGCGCAAUUCCGAAGUGGUGUUGAAUUUCGAGCUCGUCGACACUGUCACCAGUGAUCCAAUGACACCCGAAGACCUUGUCAUCAAGUUCUUCGAUGCCGAUGACAAUCAAGGGAGCAACAACUACGAGAUCACGGCCGUGGAUGAAUGCGAGGAGUUCUACAAUUCUCCAAACCCCGAUUUCACGGUCAUGGGCAGCUGUUCUGCACCAGGGCCCACCACCUUCUCGUACCCGGCUGUUAUCAACAGCUCAACUCGGCGCUCGGGACUGAGCAACUUUCGAGGGUUGCUGGAUGAUCCGACGGUCAAUCUGGGUGGCCUCGGGAUCCGAGAAGCAAGAGCUCGUGACCCAAAAUCACAGUUUUUGCAGCUGUUGGCCGAAGUGACAUCGCAUUUGCCAAUGCCUCGUCGCAUCCGAGUUGCCUCUGCAACUACACCAGGGAAUCUUCAAACCGUCCCCCAACUUCUAAGCCUCACAUCCCGAAGCCCGCGUUGA